GCUCAUUCGACCAUCUACCACUUCUCUUGGCCUUACAUUCCUUCUGCACCUAACUCAGCCAUGGAUGAAAUAGGAAUCGAAAUCCAGAAAGAGGAACCGACUUUCGAGUCUGUCGUGUCCGAGAAGUCCCAGCUCAUGCAAGAGCUGCAGGAGGAGGACUUGUACAUCAAGUACAAAAAACUUACCCGCCACCUUGAGAUGCUCGAGAUUCAGGAAGGCUACAUCAAAGAUGAACAAGCUAACCUGAAGCGCGAGCUCAUCCGCGCUCAGGAAGAGGUCAAGCGGAUUCAGUCUGUCCCCUUGGUCAUCGGCCAAUUCCUUGAACCCAUCGAUCAGCAUACUGGUAUCGUCGGAUCGACCACCGGCUCAAACUAUGUUGUUCGCAUUCUUUCCACUCUCGAUCGUGAACUCUUGAAGCCCUCGUCUUCUGUUGCUCUCCACAGACAUUCCAAUGCUCUCGUCGACAUCCUUCCACCUGAAGCGGAUUCAUCCAUCUCCAUGCUCGGAGCGGAAGAAAAGCCAGAUGUUACCUACCAGGAUAUCGGUGGAAUGGAUAGUCAGAAACAGGAGAUUCGUGAAGCGGUGGAGUUACCGUUAACACACUUCGACUUAUACAAGAAGAUCGGAAUAGACCCGCCACGCGGUGUCCUGCUGUACGGUCCACCUGGUACCGGAAAAACAAUGCUUGUCAAAGCCGUGGCACAUCACACGACUGCUUCGUUUAUUCGGGUCGUUGGCAGUGAAUUUGUGCAAAAGUACCUUGGUGAAGGUCCUCGAAUGGUCCGUGAUGUCUUCCGACUAGCACGAGAAAACGCUCCGUCUAUCAUCUUCAUUGACGAAAUUGAUGCGAUUGCAACAAAACGUUUCGACGCGCAAACUGGUGCCGAUCGAGAGGUGCAACGUAUUCUGCUUGAACUUCUCAAUCAGAUGGAUGGUUUCGACCAAGGAAGCAAUGUCAAGGUCAUCAUGGCUACCAACCGUGCCGACACCUUAGAUCCUGCUCUUCUCCGUCCUGGACGUCUGGAUCGUAAAAUCGAAUUCCCUAUGCCUUCUCGAAGAGAGAAGCGUCUUAUCUUCCAGACAGUUACAAGCAAGAUGAACCUUAGUCCAGACGUUGAUUUGGAAGAUUUGGUUUCUCGACCAGAUAAAUUGUCCUCCGCACAAAUUGCUGCAAUUUGCCAGGCUGCUGGGCUACAAGCUGUACGAAAGAAUCGCUAUGUCAUUCUUCCCAUUGAUUUCGAAGAGGGUUGGAAACAAGCGGUUAAGAGAUCGGAUGAGACUCUCGAGUUCUACCGGUAGAUACCUCAACGCACCUUUUAAUAUGUAUUUCCUUGCACCUUGUAAUUUACAUCACCUGCAAAAACCAUAUGAAG